CUACAUGGCGUCUCUUACUCACAGUCGAGCUGUCAUUGUGAUACACAGAAAAGUUAAAUAUCUAGCUCUUAUAAAUAGUGUUUCUUUAAAAAAUAUAAUUAAGGAAAAAUUGUUAUAUUACAAAAAGUGUCGAGUUUAAAAAUGCCGUUAAAAAAGAUAGAACGAAACGUUCAUACAGAACGUCGUAUAUGGAAACUUGAAAAUAUAAGUGAAACAUUCGCAAAAGUAGAUCUGUAUAGGAAGAAAAUAUUAGUAGAUCCUGUCUAUGAGACUUAUUUCUUUUCAACAAAAUUUCAAGAUCAUGAAAUUGACUGGUACGUCAAGUUGAAGUUUCGUCGUAAAAAAUUGCGAGCUGGAAUCGAAAUAUAUUUUGACGCUGUUGAACAAUUCGAACCUAAGAAUCACGUCACCUGUAACUUUUACCUGGUCGACGCGGACAAAAAUGAGUUUUUUAUCGGGCGAAAAAAUCGAAAACAUGAUUCGACUUAUUAUUAUUAUCCUCAAACUAAUAGAGGCAUUUUUUGUAAUCAGAUACAAUUACCAAACACUGAAGAUAAAUUAUUGCCCAAUGAUACCAUGACAUUGUUGAUCGAACUCAACAUUUACUUGGAUGAAAAUCCUAUAUUUCCUUUAGAAGAAAUAGAAUAUCAAAUUGCACCAGUUGUCAAUUUAGAUAAUAUCUCGAAGUUGUAUCCACUUAAAGAUGACGGUGACGUUAAGAUUUAUGUGCAGGAUGUUGAAUUUUCCGUCCAUAAAGUCCAUAAAACUGUUUUAAAAACACGAUGUCCGAAAGCGUAUAAAAUUAUUGCUCGUCAUCAACAAAUGUCUGGAAACAAUGAUAUCCAAUUAAUUCUUACGGAUAUCAAGCCAGAGAUAUUUGAAAGAGUUUUAGAAUUUAUUUACACUGGGAAAGUCAAAGACUUGGAUGAUUAUGCAGAAGAUCUGCUAAUAGCUGCAACGAAAUAUAAAUUGACAGGUCUGAAAUUUCUGUGUGAAUUCUCUCUCACCGAUAAUUAUCUAAUUUACCAAAAUUCUAAAGAAAUUGAGGAAUUGGCUCUUUGGUGUCGUGCCAGAACAUUAAGCUUUAACGCAAUGAUGUUAAGAACCGAUACAACUGUUCCCCUAAUGGAUUAUUCUUGUACACCUAGUGGUACGUUGAUAUGUACAAGACUCAGUGGUAAAAAAAGAGUGUAUAAAAAUUGUUUUAAAAAAGAUAUACCGAAGGGAAUUAAGAUUGUACCAGACAGAUUGUCUUCGAAUCACUAGAUGCCAAUCCAUUGAUUCAUCUCAGCAAGAUUUUACUUCAUAAAAUUUAAUAUUUUCCAAACAAAUUCGUUUUUUUGUGCUUAAGUUGAGUUCUGCAUUUUUCCACUUUGGUUAAAAUUUCCAAUAAGAAGUUUAAGGAUUUCCGGGCUGUGAAUAUAACAGACGUGAACUCGGUUGGCCGGGUUUUUAAUUUCGAAACAGAUCUUCUGAU